UGCACAGCGAUCCAUCACCAGCGCUCUCCGAUCAUCCUCCUCCUAGCCGCAACCGCAACCAACCGUCCUCUCGAUCCGUCCGUGAUGGCGCCCAAGGCGGAGAAGAAGCCCGCGGAGAAGAAGCCGGCAGCGGAGGAGAAGGCCGAGAAGGCGCCCAAGGGGGAGAAGAAGCCCAAGGCGGAGAAGCGGCUGCCGGCGGCCAAGGAGGGCGGCGGCGGCGGCUCGGACAAGAAGGCCAAGAAGAAGGCCAAGAAGAGCGUGGAGACGUACAAGAUCUACAUCUUCAAGGUGCUCAAGCAGGUUCACCCGGACAUCGGCAUCUCCUCCAAGGCCAUGUCCAUCAUGAACUCCUUCAUCAACGACAUCUUCGAGAAGCUCGCGCAGGAGGCCGCCAAGCUCGCCAGGUACAACAAGAAGCCCACCAUCACCUCCCGGGAGAUCCAGACCUCCGUGCGCCUCGUCCUCCCCGGCGAGCUCGCCAAGCACGCCGUCUCCGAGGGCACCAAGGCCGUCACCAAGUUCACCUCCUCCUAGAUAGAUAGCUUCUCUCGUCUCGUCUCGUCGUGUGUUUGACGAUCGAUCGUCAGGGAUCGAGGCUCCUCGUAGUUUGUAAUUGUUUUCGUUUGUUAUACAAUGAACAAUGGAUGGAUGAAUGGAAUCGCUACGAUUGGUUGCCA